AUGGCGGCUGACAAGAAGGCAAAUACAACAUCAUCUUCAACAAGAAGGAAGGGAAUUAUAAAGUUUAAAUACAAACCCAGGUUUAAUGGUAGAAUUAAUGUGUUAGAACCUUGGUUUAGUUUCAUGGAGCCUAUAAAUAUUAGGGUGUUUUAUGGAGGUAAUUCUGUGACUAAGAAUAAUAGAACCAUAUACCAAAAAUCUGAUCCAAAGAAAUGGGGAAUUGCUUUGCGUUUGAAUGUUGAAGAAGUGUGCUACUUUGAGUUUGUAUACUGGAUUAAGACUGAUUUGGGGUUUGAUGAUGUGGGGGAGAUUUGGUUCAGGAAAAGGGGAUGUAGUUUGCAUAAUGGUAGGGCUAAAAUUGAGAGUGAUAAGGACAUUCCCCAAUUAUUGGAAGCACCUGAGAGUGAUGGUUAUUACCAUAUUUACAUUGUACAUCCAACUGAAAAAGGGGAGUCAGCAAAUAAGGGGGCAUAUGGAGGUGUUGUUGGUUUUUAUAGUGACAGUGCAAAUACUACUGUUGGUAGUAGUUCAAUGAGGGAAAGUGAGGGUAUAAACAAUUCAAUGGGGGGUCCACAUGAGAAUAGUGAGGGUCCACAUGACAACUCAGCAAGCAUCUUUUUAGAUGCAAACCCUAGAUCUGAGAACAGUGGUUCAACUCAUAACAUCACACAAUCCUUCAGUCAAACUACAGCAGCUUCCACACCAGCUGAACAACCUCCUCUUAGACUUCAAAGAAAGUCAAAAAACACUACAUCCCAGCCUGAAACAGCAACUUCCACACCCCAACAACCACAUAUCAGAAUACUACCUCCACCACAAAGAGCUAAGCUGCCUAUAAUUUCUGCCUCCAAAAAACCCAUCAGCAGGCCACAAAUCAGUGAAGCUGAGCCAACUAAGGAGGGAACUGAGGUGCAUGAUAGUGAGGGUGAUGGUAGGGAGGCUACAGAAAAUAGCAAUGGGGAAGGAGAUAGUGAUGAAGAGGAUGGUGGAUGCAGUGAUUCAGAGGGGAGUAUUGUGUGUUUAAGUGAGAAUGACUUUGAAGAUCAGGAAGAUGAUGAUUUAUUCAAUGAGUAUGUAGAUCAUGAUAUUGGAGAGAAGGUUACUGGUAGUUUAGGUGGGCUACAUAAGAACAGUGAGGCUAACAGUGAGGGGCAGGGUUUUGGUGAGGCUAACAGUGAGGGGCAGGGUUUUGGUGAGGCUAAUGGUGAUGAAUUUGGAGAAAAUAACAAUGAUUUAGGAGAGCACGAGGAGAUAGUUGACAGUGAUGGGGAGGUUGGUAGUGUAUUAGGGUCAGAUGAUGAAGGACCGUUGUACCCUGAAUUCAAUCCAGAUGUGGAUUUCAAGGGUAAGGUGGAGCUCACUAAAGGAUUGAAAUUCCCUUCAAACACAAUUUUCAGAAAAGCCUUAACCCAUUAUGCCAUUGAUCAUGGCUUUGACUACUACUUCUUACACAACAAUAACAGUAGAGUUUCAGCUUAUUGUGCCAAGAGAUGUAAGUGUCCUUGGAAGAAAGCAAGGAUUUUGAAAUGCAAGUGCAAGAGUCCAAGAAAGUGCAGAUUUAGGGUGCAUUGUAGGAAGUUGAAGGGGGAGGAAACUUGGCAAAUAAAAAGCUUGAGGUUAAAGCAUAUUUGUGGGUGGCAACAUCAGAACUCCAAGCUCACAUCACAAUACCUAGCUGAGAGGUACCUUGAAGAUUGGAGGGAUGACCCUACUUGGAAGCUAAAAGCCUUUAUGAAAAGAGCAAGAAGGGAAUGCAAGUGUGAAUUAGGGUAUUAUAAGGCUUACUAUGCUAGAGAGAGGGCUUUAAAAAUGAUAUUUGGAGAUGCAGAUGUAGAGUAUGAGAGGGUAUGGGAUUAUGCUGCUGCCAUAAGAAAGUAUAACCCAGGUAGCACAGCUGUGGUGAAAGUGGAGGGAGUUGAAAACCCAUUCCCUCAGUUUCAGAGGUUAUAUGUAUGUUUGGCAGCUUGUAAGGCUGGGUUUGUUGCUGGAUGUAGGCCCAUCAUUGGUGUGGAUGGAGCCCAUUUGAAAGGACCAUAUCCUGGGAUCCUUUUGACAGCUGUUGGCAAAGAUGGAAACAACAACAUUUACCCAGUAGCUUGGGCUGUUGUUGAGACAGAGAGUUCAGAAACUUGGAGCUGGUUCCUAGAGCUUGUGAGGGAUGAUAUUGCAUCAGUUGCAGAUUCAAUCACUUGGGUCCAUGAACAAGAUGAAUUGACAUAUAUGUCUGACAGACAAAAGGGUUUAUUGGAUGCAUUCAAGACUGUGAUGCCCAAUGCUGAAACAAGAUACUGUUGCAGACACAUAUGGAGCAACUUCAAGAACAAGUUCCCUGGUGUGGUGUACAAGGAACACUUCUGGAAGGCAGCUAGAUCUUCUACUAAGGUAAACUUCUUAAACUUAAAUGUGGUGUUACAAACUCAGUGCUUAGAUGUUAAUGUUUUCACUAUCACAGCAUCAUUUCAACCAACACAUUGACAAAAUAAAGGGAAUAAAUGUGGAAGCCUUCAAUUAUCUUCAAGCAAUUCCACCAUCCCAUUGGUCCAGGCAUGCAUUUAGUACUGCUUCCAAAUCUGGAAUGCUUCUCAAUAACUGUUGUGAGAGUUUCAACAGUGUAUUGAGAGAGGCAAGGACUAAGCCAAUUCUGCAACUCAUGGAAUGGAUCCGUAGAUAUGUUAUGGGUAGGUUUUUCUCAAAAAAGGAGGGCUUAAAAAGUUUCAGUGGUCUGAUUAUGCCAUCAGUAGUGAAGAUGGUGGAGAGAGGCUUGCAAGAAGCAACAAACAUGAAGAUUAGUGAAGCAGAUUUGCAUGAAUUUGAGGUUGACCAUGAAGAUGAUACAUAUGUGGUUAAUUUGGAGCAACAACAGUGCACUUGUUUCAGGUGGCAACUCAUGGGCAUACCAUGUUGGCAUGCAUUAGCAUGUAUGCAGAAGAGGAGAUUGAACUAUGAGGAGUUCAUACACCCUGCAUAUCAUGUUCAAACAUAUUCCAAGGCCUAUGCUCCUAGCUUUAGAGCCAUGCCAGGACAACAACAGUGGGAUGUAACUCCUCAUCCUAAACCUUUGCCUCCACCACACAGAAAGCUACCUGGGAGGCCAUCAAAGCACAAAAGAAGAAAGGAAAUAGGUGAGGAUGAAGAAAGAAAUGUGAAAAGGGCAAAGAAGCAAAACCAUUGUAGUAGAUGUGGUGGGCUAGGUCACAACAUUGUGAAGUGUAAGAAUCCACCUUUGGACAAGUCUGUUGUCCCAAAGAAGAAGGUUGGGAGGCCUAAGUCCACCACUAAUGCUUGUUCAAGAAAUGUUCAGGGUACCUCAACUUCAGCUACUGCUUCUGAGACUGCCAGAGCAACUGCACCUAAUGCUGCUGUUUCAAGAAACUCAGGUGGUAGAACAGAUUUCCAUGGUCCCUCCAGUUCAGGUGCCAAGAAGGGCAAAGGGAAGAAAUGAUCAACAACAACAAAGAACACUGCCAGAGGAAGGAGGGAACAGCUAAAUGAACAAGUCAAUGCAUCUCAACACUCAAUUUCAUGUUCUGCCCCUAUGGAUGCUUCUCAGACUUAGCUUGCCUAGGGGAUUGUGUUGGAUUAAUUAGUUAUAAGUAGUUGACUGUUGUUUUUGGAACUAAUAGUAGUUCAUACUCUUUGUUUUUGGAACUAAUGUUAGUUCAAUGAUGGUUUUUGGAACUAAUGUAACUUCAAAAUCAUGAUUUGCUUCUAAUGCUUAUAUAUUGGGUUUUUUUGCAA